UUAUACAAAUAAUGCAUGUUAUUUUAUCUUUGUAAAAUAAUGAGUUAUUGUCUCUCCUUGAAAUAAUUAUGGUAUAAUUGAAGUAUUCAUAUUACUUAAAUUGUAACGGUUCGAAAUCAUGUCAGAUACUAACGGUAUUUGUAACCUUUCGAGAUUUCUCGAUAUAACAUUCUGAAGCGCGUACCCCUAUUUGUAUACUAAAAUCAUUCUCCAAACAUCCGUAGCUACUUCACAAAUUUAAAAAAUUUGCUUCGAUAUGGGUCGAAGAAAAAGUAAACGACAAGCUCCGCAAAAGAAAAAAGUUAUCGAACCUCUGGACGUACAAUUUACAUGCCCAUUUUGUAACCAUGAAAAAUCAUGCGAAGUCAAAAUGGAGAAGAAUAAAAAUACAGCAAGAAUUGUUUGUCGAGUUUGUUUAGAAGAUUAUCAAACUAGUAUUAAUAUAUUAUCAGAACCAGUUGAUGUGUAUAACGAUUGGAUCGAUGCCUGCGAUGCUAUUAAUUAAUCUGUUUCAUUGUUUAAUUCAAUGAAAGUUAUGUGCCUUUUUCAUAUAAGUGACUUAUUGAAUUUAUAUUUCAUAUCACAAUUUAUUUUAAUUACAGGAUGUAACUUUGACCAAAAUAUUGUAAAUAUCAUUGUUAUACAUACAUGUGAUGUUUAUUU